AUGUCCAUGGCAGCAACAACAUUGUUAAUCAUUUCAGUAACUCUGGGAUCAUGUGCUGCUUUAGAGCCACUUCAGUUUAAAAGGACAAGAGCUCCUGAUGGUCAUAGAUGCGGAGUGUGUCCAACCUAUUUUCAGAAGAUUUGCGCAUUCAACUUACUAACUAAUGCUACUUUUAUUUUUGACAAUCAUUGUCUAAUGGACCUUUACAAUUGCAUAGAGGGCGCAGAAUUUGUUCCUCUCAACUACGAUAAAUGCCUAUUCUUCGGCAAUUUUGCAUACGUUCAUGGAUACAAAUACGAAGAUGAAGAUUACGGCGAGGAUCACGUUGUUGUUAUGGGGUCCAAGAAGAAUCCUGACUUUGCUGAAUAA